AUGCAGUCAGGUAUAUCUACAGUACUUCCAUUUCUUCAAAAAUAUUAUGCGCAAUUAUCACUAAACAGUGCCACAUCAUUGUUUGGUGCGAAUCCAUCUGUCACAUCAAGUUCCAAGGGAAGCGCUUUUAAUGCCGUUGCAAAAACGCCGAGGUGUGGGCCUACUUUCAGGAACGAGGAUAUCAAUCCAGCUCAGGUAAAUGUCGUUGAUGAUGAUGAACUCGUUUUCGCCGAACCAGCCGCAAGGCGGGAUGUAAAUGCAAAAAAAGAUCGGUGUACAUUUUGUUCUAAGGUAUUCACCAAUCGGUCGAACCUUAUUGUUCACCUAAGAAGUCAUACUGGUGAGAAGCCUUACAAAUGCCGUCUUUGUACUUAUGCUUGUGCCCAAAGUAGCAAACUUACACGGCAUAUGCGAACUCACGGACAGCAAGGGAAAGAAACGUUUCAUUGUUAUAUCUGUAGGAUGCCGUUUUCCGUACAUUCUACUCUAGAAAAGCAUAUGCGGAAAUGUGUUGUUAAUAAUAAUCAGAAUGCUCAGCAGUGCUCACCUGCAGAGUACGAAAGCGACUCGCCAUGUCUAGCAGAUGCCAGUUCACUUCUCGCCCUUUCUAAGGUUUCUUUGAACAACGCACAAUAUCCCACAAAUAUUUCUCAAAGCAAUCAUCAGUUUGUGCUAAACUGGCUGCAAGUAAUAAAUAUUGGAUUUCUUGUUCUCUAA